UCGUGACGCAAUGCCUCAGCGCCUGGCAACAUGAACUGAGAGAUUCAUUCUAAAGUUAAGACAUGGCUUUUUCUUAGUUUUGCGAUCCUGUCGAUAUAAAAAUGCCUCUAACUUGGUUAAACGCGAACCUCUGUAGUUUAGGCUAAUACUCCUGUUUAUAGUUUACAGUCGUCCAACCAUGAAGUUGCUUAAUAAAGACAUUGAGAAAGAUAAUACCGGUCAGGUGACCCUGAUGCCAGAGGAGGCAGAGGACAUGUGGCACACCUACAACCUGCUCCAAGUGGGGGACAGCUUGAGAGCCUCAACCAUCAGGAAGGUGCAGACUGAGUCCACUACAGGGAGCGUGGGCAGCUCCAGAGUUCGGACUACUCUGACAUUAUCUGUGGAGGCGAUCGACUUUGACUCGCAGGCCUGCCAGCUGAGAGUGAAGGGCACCAACAUCGAGGAGAACCAGUAUGUCAAGAUGGGGGCCUACCACACUAUUGAGCUUGAGCUCAACAGGAAGUUCACUCUGGCCAAAAAAUGCUGGGACAGCGUCGUUCUGGAUCGAAUCGAGCAGGCAUGUGAUCCAGUGCAGAGGGCAGAUGUGGCGGCUGUGGUCAUGCAGGAGGGUCUGGCCAACGUGGUGUUGGUGACCCCCGCCAUGACUCUGCUGCGAGCUAAAGUGGAAGUCACUAUUCCUCGAAAGAGAAAGGGAAGCUGCAGCCAGCAUGAGAAGGCGCUGGAGCGCUUCUACGAGGCAGUGAUGCAGGCGAUUCUUCGUCACAUCAAUUUUGAGGUGGUGAAGUGCAUCCUUGUUGCCAGUCCUGGAUUCGUGAAGGACCAGUUUUUCACCUACGUCUUCAAAGAGGCGGUGCGACAGGACAACAAGGUCCUGCUGGAAAACCGACCCAAAUUCAUGCUGGUCCACUCAUCAUCAGGCCAUAAGUACUCACUCAAAGAAAUCCUCUGUGACCCUGCUGUGACCAGUAGGCUCUCCGACACCAAGGCAGCUGGAGAGGUGAAAGCUCUGGAAGAUUUCUACAAGAUGCUUCAGCACGAGCCCGACAGAGCCUUUUACGGAAUCGCUCAUGUAGAAAAGGCUGCUGAUGCGCUGGCCAUCGACACGCUGAUGAUAAGCGAUAAGUUGUUCAGACAUCAGGACAUUCAGACGCGGAGUCGUUACGUCCGGCUAGUUGACAACGUGAAGGACAACGGCGGAAAUGUCAGAAUAUUCUCAAGCCUUCAUGUCUCUGGUGAACAGCUGAUUCAGCUGAGCGGAGUGGCCGCCAUCCUGCGGUUCCCCAUUGCCGAUCUGUCGGACGCCGAGGACGACAGCAGCUCAGCCGAGGACUGAUCCGCAUCAACGGACCCGAGUCUCAGUCAGCGGCAGGAAACAACAGGGUCCUCUACUGCUGCAGAUCACACACCUUCACUCUGUGAUUCUGUGUGCUGCUAAAACAAAUAAGCUGCUGGGCUGUAGCGGAGCUUUUCCACCUCUGUAAAAUCAAAGUGACACACACGUCUUCUCUGAGUGGCCAUAAUUUUGACAUAACUGAAUGCAGUUUGGAGUGGGUUGAUCCUUUUCAUUUUAAGCUGUCCUGAAAAGCUGCAGGGUUAACUAUAGCUAGAAAAUAAUCAACUUGUUGCCAAAUCCAGAUUCAAACUAAUUACGGUAAUUUCAGAGAUUUUCCCUUUUUCUAAGUGUAUAUACAACACAUUUUUAUUUGAGAUUAAACUGGAGAAUCACUCUGUUAAGACUCAUUUCAUGAACAGUUCUUAUCAUGCAUGAAAUAAACACUUCAGCCCAAGAUAUAAAAAUAUAUACUUUAUUGUG